GGGUGGUUUUCAUCACAAAAGAUGAGCCAACUGGUAAUUGAGGGGAGUGGGGUGAAUCAUCGUUGACAAGUAAGGAAUGAAAACAUAGGGGCCUGGGAUGAUCCUAUUUUCCAAAGGCAGGGCUCAGUCAUCUUAUAAAAAGCCAGCUGGCCAUCGAUUUUACACCAGAUCAAAGGGACCAGGAAACCGAACCUGUUCUUCACUGUACCAGGUCCAGCCUCCUUUGAACCAUGAGUUCCCACCAGCAGAAGCAGCCCUGCACUACACCUUCCCAGCUCCAGCAGCAGCAGGUGAAACAGCCCUGCCAGCCUCCACCCCAGGAACCAUGUGUCUCCAAAACCAAGGAGCCAUGCCACACCAAGGUUCCUGAGCCAUGCCACACCAAGGUGCCUGAGCCAUGCCAUACCAAGGUGCCUGAGCCAUGCCAUACCAAGGUGCCUGAGCCAUGCCAUACCAAGGUGCCUGAGCCAUGCCACACCAAGGUGCCUGAGCCGUGCCACACCAAGGUGCCUGAGCCCUGCCACACCAAGGUGCCUGAGCCCUGCCACACCAAGGUGCCUGAGCCAUGCCAUACCAAGGUGCCUGAGCCAUGCCAUACCAAGGUGCCUGAGCCAUGCCAUACCAAGGUGCCUGAGCCAUGCCACACCAAGGUGCCUGAGCCGUGCCACACCAAGGUGCCUGAGCCCUGCCACACCAAGGUGCCUGAGCCAUGCCACACCAAGGUUACUCCAGCACCAGUUCAGCAGACCAAGCAGAAGUAAUGUGGUCCAUGAUGCUGCAUCCCCUCUCCCAUUCUGCUUGAGUGCCACUUUCCUUGUAAUUAGUAUGCUGUCACCCCGAGUUACAGUCCUCCCUCAGUCGCCCCCUUAAACAUAUGUGCUAUGAAACCUUCCUUCCCAAACACUCUGGGCCUCUGAGCUUCUGAAUGAGGCUGAGGGUCUUGGUACCUUAGAACCUUAGUUUCAGCUGCCCAGGAUUCAUCUGAAGAGGGGCUUAAGGUGCAAACAUGCGGAUCAGCUCUGUUCUGCCCCCAUUAAAUGCACUUUCCAUUUCA